CUUUAAAGCCCAAUCGUGGAAUACCCAAUCCUUUUUCCAUUUCUUGUAUUUUGUGGAAAAUAUUAGAGUGAGCCGAGUCCCCUUAUUGUGAUUAUUUGUCACCUCAUAGAGUUACAAUUUAUAUAUGUACACAUAUGUGUAAUUUAUACAAUGAAAACGUCAUCACGCAUACUGAAAUACAUGUUAGAGAAAGAUGUGCAAUGGACAAAUUAUUGCGUAUCACUUCUAUCUAAGUAUUCAUUCUUUAAGUCUUUAAAGAUAAACUGUAAAUUUCUAGAAAUAUCCUGUGAUGGUAUUGCCUGGUUGAUUACUUGGACUGCUUUCAUAUGGAUAAUGAAUUCAAAAGCAUUACUUCAAAUGCAAGUAAAUAUGCUUGUAGGACUUAUACUUGAUAUUGUCGUCGUAGCCGUGUUAAAGUCAUUCGUGCGCCGAAGAAGACCGGUAGCAAUAAAAGAUACGUUGGUAAUAGGACCCGAUAAAUUUAGUUUUCCCUCUGGCCACGCAUCUCGAGCAUUUUAUGUACUUAUAUUUUUUACAAAACUAUAUUCUCUGAAUUUUGUAUUUUUAAUGCCUCUUACGGCUUGGGCUGUAAGCGUAGCUCUAUCACGACUGAUUUUACAGCGUCAUUAUAUGUUGGACAUUUUCGCUGGAGCAAUCAUUGGAGUUCUUGAAGCAAGACUCCUUGAAUUCAUUUGGAUCAGUGAAACAUUUGCUAUAAAUAUUGCUGGUCUUGUGUCUGGUUCAGAAGAAAUAUAAAAUUAACAUUUUUUUUUGGGGAAAUAUGUAAUAAAAAUACGCGUUUACGUAAAUACACUUACCGUAUUUUAUAUAUGUAUACUACACUUGUAAAUAGAAAUAUGUAUGUACAUACUAUGUGUUAUAUGUACACAUAUUUACCACCAAAGUAAUAAAAGAGUUUAUUAGUUUUC